CUUGCCGAUGCCAUUUCGGUGGGUUUGCUGAGUGAGGUGCUCUUGCUCAUCGACUGGAUCGAACAACUGCAGCAUUAUGAGAUCAUAGGGCCUCCAUCGCGAUCUCAAGGUAAUUAAGGCACAAAACCCUUUGCUGGCCAUUUGAUCUCUGCUCAACUCAUACCUUCGCCUUCAACACACUGAGCUACUGAUUCUCACAUUUCUCAAACCACUCACCAAACACCACACAACCACACACUCUCUCAACAUGUCUGGCCAGCUCCCCGACAAGGACAUCAUCCAGGACCGUGCUGUCCACGGCCUCCCCGUCACCAACGACGAGGUUUCCCACAUAGCCUCUGCCGAGUCCGAGCUCACCGGCACUGGCCCCAUCAAGGGCGGCAAAGCAGCCACCGCCCAAAGCGUGCACGACAAGCAGCAGAACUUCCUCGAAAAGGCGGGCGAUGUUGCUCGCAAGCCGGCGGAGCAGAUCACCAAGGAGGAUGCCGCCGAGGUGCAGAAGGCCGAGGCCCGGCUGAUCGGAGGCCAGCCUGAGAAGGGCUCCAUGUCGGCCAACCUGCAGUCCGCUGCCGACAAGAACCAGCAGUGAGAGAGGAAGAACAUUAGAGGAGGAGCUUUUUGGGACGAAUCAUGAUACGGAUGCAUAGCGCUGCUUACAACUCUAAAUUCAAUCUCAUUGCUGACACACUCUCCUACGAUCGCUCCGUGCCCAGCCGCGAGAUGAGAUAGUCGUAAACGAUGUCGUCCUGCGCAGUGCCAGCCAGCUGGUUCAACAGACCAGCCACAAGGCCCGUUCUA